AAAUCCUUACUAAACCCUCGUUUCAUUUUCCGUUCCCUUCUGCCGCUCAUAAUUUUCUCAGCCUCCCCCAAACAAUUCCAACAAUGGCGACUCGCUCUCUCAUCGCAAAACACCGAACCCUAACUUCCAUCUUCUUCCCUUUCUCCCGCCCGUUUUCUUCCCUUUUCUCCAUUGCUGCUGGCUCCCCCAAAUCCCUCAUCCCUCCAUCCCCAACUCCUUCCCUCUCUUUUCUCCGUCGCCUCCGCGUAACACCUUGCUCUUCUUUUCUGCUUCAUGAGUCCCUUUCCCCCGCGGUAAAAUUUUUUUCCACCCGAGCCACCAGAUCUUCCCUCAAUGACCCAAACCCAAAUUACUCUAACAGGCCCCCUAAAGAGACGAUUUUACUUGACGGAUGUGAUUUUGAGCAUUGGCUGGUUGUGAUGGAGCCGCCUAAGGAGGAUGCUACUAGGGAUGAUAUUAUUUCUAGUUAUAUCAAAACCCUAGCUCAAGUUGUGGGCAGUGAGGAAGAAGCAAGAAUGAAAAUUUAUUCAGUUUCUACCAGACACUACUAUGCAUUUGGAGCUCUGGUGUCUGAAGAGGUUUCAUAUAAGAUCAAAGAACUUCCUGGAGUUCGGUGGGUUCUUCCUGAUUCCUACCUGGAUGUGAAGAAUAAGGAUUAUGGAGGGGAACCUUUCAUUAACGGGCAAGCAGUUCCAUAUGAUCCAAAGUACCAUGAGGAAUGGGUGAGGAACAAUGCUCGAGCCAAUGAAAGGAAUCGGCGCAAUGACCGACCCCGGAAUUAUGAUCGGUCCAGAAAUUAUGAGAGAAGAAGGGAGAAUAUGCAGUACCAAGAUACUCAGAAUAGGGAGAUGCCUCCUCCAAACCAGGGCAUGCAGAAUGUGGCUUCUAAUACAGUUGGAAUGCCACCCAACAACAUAGGAGGGAUGCCACCCAACAAUACGAGAGGGAUGCCAUCCAACAUGGGAGGGAUGCCCCCCAGAAACAUGGGAGGAAUGCCCCCCAGAGGGAUGCCGCCCAACAACAUGGGCAACAUGGGGAAUAUGCCACCAAAUCAAGGAUGGUCGAGUAACAUGAAUGGCCCUAACUAUGGAAACACUCCUUACCAAGGAGCUACUCCGAAUGCUCAAUACGUGGAUAAUUAUGCUCCAAAUAUGGGUGGAGGAAACAUGCCCAAUGGAAACUACCAGUCUUAAAUGUUUGGUUUAGAUGAAUUCAGAGACUAUUUUAGGCAAUGCUGUAGAUAAAGAGGAUAUGUCUAGGACUUAUGGCUGCUAAAUAAGUGUUGUACUGCUGUUGAAUAUGUUGGAUAAGUUAUUAAUAUUUCUUUGUUUGCAUUCUGUGGCAUGAAAUUUGGUUGGCUGUUUAGCGUGAUGACGAUGAUAUUGAUGGUGCCAGGUAAAUUUUUAUAUAAUUAUGAACAGAUUUUGCCCAGGUUUAAAAUUGUGUUGCAUUCUGUUUCUUUUGAUAGUAGUUAGUUUCUGCUCUCUGAUUUUUUCAUUUCAAGCAGUUAUAGCUCAUAGACCAUGCAACUCCAUCUAUCUUCCCUUUUUGAAACAAAAGUAUGUGCCAUUUUCUGUUCUAGAGUUCUCGUCUUCACUUUUGACACUGGAAAUGUGAAAUUUGUCUUAGAUUGAGCAUUCAGAAAUCUUCUAUCAGGUUACUGAGCUUGCAAAGAAAUGUGGUGUCACCAUCUCAGAA